UCUACUUUAUAUAACACUAUAUUCUCACAUGGUUCACUCCAGGGCACUUAGAACUGUAGAAGAGGAAAGAUAAAGAAAAUUGGAAUUAGGGUUUUAGCACUUCUCUUCUCUCUCUCUCUCUCUCUCCCUCCCCGUCCUUCACUGGGUUGUCUCCUGCCAGCUUUUGGGUCACUCAAGGAUUUGAAUGAAUUGUAUUGGGCACAUAUAAUUACAUCUGUGUAUAUAUAUGCACUUCAAUUAAGUGGUCGUAAUGGUUUCGAUGCCGUCGAAAAGUAUAUGGAUGCAUCGGCAGCAAUGCCCAUGUGGGGAUUGGAAAUGUUUUGUAACAUAUGAGGGAGAUGCUGAAGACGCAUCAGUAGUUUCCAAGUUGGUAAAAAAUGAUAAUUUCUCAAUUGAAGCAAUGGUUUCACCUUAUGUAGGAAUGGUGUUUAAAAGUGAUGAGGAUGCGUUUGAGUACUACGGCAAUUUUGCUAGGAAGAAUGGGUUUUCAAUUAGGAAAGAGCGCUCGAGGUUGAGCCCACAAUUGGGUGUUUAUAAAAGGGAUUUUGUAUGUUAUCGAUCUGGUUUUGCUCCAGCAAGAAAAAAACCUACAGGGGAGAACCAUAGGGAUCGGAAAUCAGUUCGGUGUGGUUGUGAUGCAAAAAUGUACUUGUCAAAAGAGGUUGUCGAUGGGGUCUCUCAAUGGUUUGUCGUACAAUUUAGUAAUGUGCAUAAUCAUGAAUUAUUGGAAGAUGAUCAAGUGCGUCUUCUUCCGGCAUACCGUAAAAUUCAGGAAGCUGAUCAAGAGCGAAUACUCUUGCUUUCCAAAGCUGGGUUUCCAAUUCAUCGUAUAGUUAAAGUGCUGGAGUUAGAAAAGGGAAUCCAAGGAGGACAAUUGCCAUUUAUGGAAAGGGAUGUUAGAAAUUUUGUUCAAAAUCGUAAGAAAGUGGUUCAAGAGAAUGAAGUUUUAUUGACUGAGAAAAGAGAAAACGAUACGUUAGAGCUUCUUGAGGUGUGUAGGGCCACAAAAGAAGGGGAUCCUUAUUUUGUUUAUGAUGUUACCGUGGAUGAGAAUGAAAAGGUUGAGAAUAUUGCUUGGUCAUUUGGGGACUCGAUUCAUGCAUACACCAUGUUUGGUGAUGUAGUUUAUUUUGACACAACAUAUUGUUCAAUCACCUAUGGCAUGCUUUUUGGAGCAUGGCUUGGCAUUGACAACCAUGGUAAAACUAUCUUCUUUGGUUGUGCUCUGUUGCAAGAUGAAACAGUGCGUUCUUUUGCAUGGGCUUUGCAGACUUUUGUACAUUUUAUGAAAGGAAGAUGUCCGCAGACAAUUCUAACCGAUCUGGACCCUGGGCUUAGAGAUGCUAUAAGAAGUGAACUACCAAAUACUAAGCAUGUUAUUUCUAUUUGCUACAUUCUGCCCAAACUAUCCUGUUGGUUCUCUCUCCCACUUGGACCCAGAUAUACAGAAUUUAGAUCUGAGUUUGAUGUGCUAUAUCAUCUGGACAGCACUGAGGAUUUUGAAUUUCGAUGGAAUCAGAUGGUUGGUCAAUAUGGACUUAGUUCAGACAAACACAUUGCACUACUCUUUUCCUUCCGGACAUCUUGGGCAUUACCGUACAAAAAAGGUUGCUUUCUAGCGAGAAUGGAAACAACAGAAUAUUCUAAGUCUGUAGAUGCUUUCUUGAAAGGGGUCUUUAGUGCACAAACAUGUUUGCGUAGUUUUUUGGAGCAGGUUGGGAUUUCCUCGUCUCUUAAAAUUCAGACACGUGAAGAGAUGCAGUAUAUGCAUUUCAGAACAUGCUUACCCAUUGAAGAGCAUGCACGGACUAUUCUUACUCCUUUCGCUUUCAAUGCAUUGCAGCAUGAAUUGGUGCUGGCUAUGCAAUAUGCUACUUCUGAAAUGACUAAUGGAUCACACAUUGUACACCACUUCAAGAAGAUCGACGGAGAGCGUCUUGUUAUAUGGAUACCAGAAGACGAACAAAUUCACUGUUCCUGCAAGGAAUUUGAGUCCUCGGGAAUCUUAUGCAGACACGCUCUUCGUGUACUUUUAAUGAAAAACUACUUUCAACUUCCUGAGAAGUAUUUUCCAAGUCGGUGGCGGCAAGAGAAGUCACUUGUUCCUUGUGAUGAUCAGAAUAAUCAGAAUGGCAAUGAUGAAUGGUUUCAAGAAUUUUAUACCCUUACUGGAACUCUGUUCACAGAAUCAUCAAUCACAAAGGAGCGUUCUGAUUAUGUUCAUCGAGAACUCACAAAAGAACUUACAAGGCUCAUUAGUGAGGUUAUUUGGCACACAAGAUUCAGACAUGGUUAAUUUCUCCAUUCAACUGAUCUAUGAAUUAUUGAUGCUCUGAAUGCAAAUGAUCCUCAAGUUGGAUGACGAAGACCCAUUAUUUGCGCGCCUCAACAGCAAAAAAAAGAAAUGAAGACAGAUAGAGAACUGGCUUUCUCAAACUCACAAGGCCUAUCGUCAAUCACUCCCUGAGGCCCUCCUGCAUCUCAAUUUCAGAAUUGUACUUGCAGUUGCUGGUAAUAAUGUUAGACAUAGAAGCACGGACACAGGUAUGGACAUGAUGGAACACAUCGAUUUUGAAAAAAAUAAGAUACGGACAUGAUAGAGAUACGACAACAAAAAUAUUUUAUAUAUUUUUAUUUUCUUUGUAUAUGAAUAUAAAUUUAGGGCAAAAAAAUAUAAGAGAUAUCAAUGUAUAUGUGGGUGUAUUUUUAUUUCUUUUUUUUUCAUUUUCUUUCCUCUUUGUUUAUAUAUUUUACUUUGAUCUCAAAUCACCUUGCUAAAAUUAUAACAAAGAAGCUUGUGAAGGUGUCUUGAAGCAUGUCUUGGAAAAGAAAAUUUUAAAAAUUGACAUGCCAAGUGACAUGUCCGACACGUGAAUAAGUGUCCCUGGGGUGUCAGUGUCCCAUAGACACUCAUUUUGAAUUGUUGAUACUUCAUUGGAUAGGAGUGACUAUUAUUCAUUUUGAAUCGCAUUCUGAAGAGGGUCCCUCUCGUGUAGAGAACCCCUUUCAUGAUAUCUAUUAAAUUAUUAUUUAAAUGAAGCAAUAUAGAUUAAUAACAAUACUACGAAUCCAGAUUUAAUUACUCAGAAAUUAUCUAAAAUUAUCAUCUUAUAAUUCAAAUUUAAGACUCCACACUAUACAAAUUUAAUCUCCAUCAAACAACCACGCAUCCUGAAAAAUCUAGGUGUACAAGUCUGGUUCCCAGACCUAAUGAUAGAUUAAUGACAAGGAGAGCCUCAUUUCUAACCACAUAAUUUUAUAUUCUCACUGAUAAAUGGUCAGUGUCUGGCACAGUACUAUGUUAUAGAUGACAAAAGGAAAACCCUUGUUGCAUUAUUGUCACAAAAACAUCAUGUACUCAGAUCUUUUAUUUGUUUAUUUUCUUUUAUUUCUUUCUGUUUGUUUGCCCUCAAAUCUUGUAUUUCUUGAACUACAUUUUUGGGUUGGGAGAUGUAGGACCCCUGCAUCAAACUGUGAAUGAUGUUCUAUAAUUACCUCAAUCAUUUAGAGAUGAACCGGUAUCUUUUUUUAAGAGAUGAACCGGUAUCUUUUUUUUUUUUUUUAAGAGUCAUUUGGUGCCUUUCACCUGUCUUAUAGUCAUAGGUUAUGCUAAAUGAGUUUAGCUGCUUGAUUAAAAUAAUAGAAUAAUUAAAAAAACUAAAAAUCAUUAAAUAGUAGAAUAAUUAAAUGAUUUUUUUCUUCUCUUACAUGGUUUUGCAGGUAAUGAUCAGAAAUCUUGGUAAUUACUCUAAAAAAUCAUGUGAGUUUUUGAAGUGCCAUCAUUGUGAAAGUAUAAUUAAAUUUUUGUAUCUUCCUCUAAUUCAGUGUCCCUCAAAUGUCUAUUAUAGUCAGAAUGUUGUUUUGCUCCAGGAAUAUUUGUGCUUGACCUUGAACUCAACAACAGUGAGCUAAUAAGAACCUGUGCUGCAAUUCCAGAUAAAUCCCUAUGUUUGAAAUUUCUGUAUAUUACAAGAUCAAAAUUAAUAUCCAGUAAUCGUCUAUUCUUCUGGAAAAAAAGGUUUAACAAGUAAUCAUGAAAUUACAGUGAUCAUGAAAAAAACACAUAAUGAUGCCAUGCCUAAAAAAA